CUGCCUCCGGCCCUGCAGUCUUGCUUCUUUUGCGCACGUGUGAUUGUCUGGUUGUGUUGGGUUCUUGCUAGGAAAAGGGAGAUGGCGGCGAGCGGCGGGAAUCUUCCGAUGCGGUUGCUGCGCAAGAAGAUCCACAAGCGCAACCUCAAGCUACGUAGGCGCAAUUUGGCUCUGCAAGCAGCGGCCGGUGUAGAGGCCGCCGAGGAAACCGAGCCAGCAGUGAAAGCAUGUAAAAUGAAGGAUGUAGAGCAGGCUGAUGUAAUACUCAAUGCUGAAGAAACUGAAGACACAAAACCUUCUGGAUUGAAGAAGAAGAAAAAGAAAAGGAAAAUUGUGAAUGAUACAGAAAAUGAAUCUAAAAAAGCAAAAAUGGAGGAGGAUGCCAAAGUAGAAGAUGGGGCCUUCAGUGGUGAGCCCAAAGAAGAAAAUAUGGAAAGUCCAGAUGAGAAGGAAGUGGCUGAGGAUACUGAUGGACCUGCCCUACCUCUCGGGCUAACAGGGGCUUUUGAGGACACAUCAUUUGCUUCUCUUGCUGGGCUUGUCAGUGAGAACACUUUGAAAGGAAUAGCAGACAUGGCCUUCACACACAUGACAGAAAUUCAACAUAAAAGUAUAAAACCGCUUUUGGAAGGCAGAGAUAUUCUGGCAGCUGCCAAAACUGGCAGUGGAAAAACCCUUGCAUUUCUUAUUCCAGCAAUAGAGCUCAUCUACAAGUUAAAAUUCAUGCCCAGAAAUGGAACGGGAGUCCUCAUCCUUUCACCUACCCGUGAGCUUGCCAUGCAGACCUAUGGUGUUCUCAAAGAACUGAUGACUUACCACGUUCAUACCUAUGGCUUGGUAAUGGGAGGCAGUAACAGGUCAGCCGAAGCACAGAAACUUGCAAAUGGUAUAAACAUCAUUGUGGCAACUCCGGGCAGACUUCUGGACCACAUGCAGAAUACUCCCGGGUUUAUGUAUAAGAACUUGCAGUGUCUGGUAAUCGAUGAAGCUGAUAGAAUUUUAGAGGUUGGGUUUGAGGAAGAAAUGAAACAGAUCAUAAAACUUCUGCCAAAACGAAGGCAGACUAUGCUGUUCUCUGCUACGCAAACUCGGAAGGUUGAAGACCUGGCAAAAAUUUCUCUUAAGAAGGAGCCAUUGUAUGUUGGAGUUGAUGAUAAUAAAGAGAUGGCCACUGUAGAUGGUCUUGAGCAGGGUUACGUAGUGUGUCCUUCAGAAAAGAGGUUUCUCCUGCUGUUCACAUUUCUCAAGAGGAAUCGGAAGAAGAAGCUGAUGGUUUUCUUUUCUUCAUGUAUGUCUGUGAAGUACCACUAUGAACUUCUCAACUACAUCGAUCUGCCAGUCCUGGCCAUCCAUGGCAAGCAGAAACAAACCAAACGCACAACCACUUUUUUCCAGUUCUGCAAUGCAGACUCUGGGAUCCUGUUGUGUACAGACGUAGCUGCUCGUGGGCUGGAUAUACCUGAGGUUGACUGGAUAGUUCAGUAUGACCCACCGGAUGACCCAAAGGAAUACAUUCAUCGUGUUGGUAGAACUGCCCGUGGAAUCAAUGGGAGAGGACACGCUCUGCUUAUUUUACGGCCUGAAGAACUGGGUUUUCUGCGUUACCUGAAGCAAGCUAGGGUACCAUUAAAUGAAUUUGAAUUUUCUUGGUCCAAAAUUUCGGACAUCCAGUUUCAGCUGGAGAAACUGAUAGAGAAAAACUACUUUCUUCACAAGUCUGCUCAAGAAGCAUACAAAGCCUAUAUCAGAGCAUAUGAUUCCCACUCACUGAAGCAGAUCUAUAAUGUCAAUAACUUGGAUUUGAACAAGGCUGCCCUAUCUUUUGGCUUCAAAGUCCCACCAUUUGUAGAUCUCAAUGUCAACAGUAGCCAUGGGAGAAGACUGCAAAAAAGAGGUGGUGGUGGAGGGUUCGGCUAUCAGAAGUCCAAAAAUGUUCAGAAAUGCAGAAUCUUUAAGCAGAUUAACAAGAAAAAAACAGACAGCAGACAAUUCAGUCGCUGAUGUGCAAACCCAGUCUUCUUCAAUACGGCUUUUAGAAGAGAAACAACUUCAUGAAAAAUAUUUAAUUCAGUACAGAAUUAAGUUGUGCUAUCCUUCCUAAAGAGGAGGGGGGAGCAUAAUCUUUGUAUUCGAAUUGUGGUUUCACCUAAGAACUCUUAAGUAAGUGAGCUAAGAUUUUUGCAGCACCUUUGGAAAUUUGAGCAUACUCAGUUGUAUAACCAUUGUACAAGAUGCUGUAAUUCUUUUUUAAUAGAAGCUCUUGUACAAGACUCUUCUUUAUGUUUUCUUUUAUAUUCUUGUCCUAUUGCGUGUGUCUCAGAGCUUUUUUUUUUUUUUACUUUUUGAAGAAUACAGGGUGUUUGAAGUAGAGAGGAUCUUUGUCUAAGGUAAUACCUGGAAGACUUUAAAGGAUUUGAAAGGUAUUGUCUUUUAUGUGAAAUGAGCUAAGCGGUUCAAACUCAAAAUCAAAAGAUCAUGUUAUGCUAUGAUAGGAGCGAGUUCCUUUACAGCAGUCAUCCUCCAACAUGGUGCCUGCAAAUGCCACGGUACCUGCUGAUGUGUUUCCUUGUGUUCAUUUCUUCUCUGAAGCAAAGAACAAAUCCUGGCUUCUCUCCAUUUCACUUGAUUCAGAAGUGCUUUGGAAUAGUCCUGGGAUCGCCUUUGCAAAUAUGUCCAUCAUAGGGGAUGCUUGGAUUGGAACCUCCUAAUGUUCUGUGGAAAUUUCCAAAAUUCUGUGAUUGGUCCCACCACUCUGGCAACUAUUUUGUUGUGAAUGUCGCUGCUUGUUUUCAAAAUUCCCAUAGUGCCCACAGGUUCAACAGAGCUUUGGAGCUGUGGCUGGUGCACUACUUCUUAAUUUCCUCUGUCCUCCUCUGAGGAGCUUCAGAAUCUACUGUAAUUGCAGUCACUGUAGGUAUGGAUCGUUUGCAGCCUACAUGAAUUUUACUUUUGCCAUUGCAGUAGCCAACCCCAAAAGCAUUGGCACCAGGUGGUUGUGCUGUAGAAUUUCUGCUAAUGAGAUACACUAAUGCAAAUACAUGGGAACAAGCAAGGUGAGCUUGUCCCGAUUGCAUAUUCUGUUCUCUUAAUUGGCAUAUCAUUUUGCACAAGGUCAGAUAAGGGAAGGAGAAAAGGGCAUGUGUCCAUACAAUUCUAUUAGGAGGAAGGCAAUUGUUUCUUUGAAGUAAAUAAUGCAUAUAUAGCCAAAGGCUUGUAAUUCGUAAACACUGAAGCAAUUUAUACAUGUGCUUGCUGGAUUGUUCUGUUUCAGGUUGGAGAAACAAUCACAGAUGUGGCUACUUUACAUUUGGAACUAACCAAUGCAGAGUAUCUGGUAGAAAAUGGAAAGCUGGGUAGAGGGCAAGUGUGAAAAAUGUAUUGCAGAUCCUAAGGAUAGGAAGAAUGCUAUAAAUGUUACAGGCCAAGAUCCAAAGAACUGCUUGGGCUCUCACAGGGCAUUAUGGUUAAUCCAGUAUGCAUAACUUGGGUACAUACAGACAGGAGCUUCCCUAGCAAAAUGAGUAUUUUUCUACCUCUUGUUUUUGCUGCAACCUACCAGGUCCUCUGACAAGCUGUUCCUGAGAGGGUGGAAACUCCACAGAUCUAAGAGGAUGUAGUAUGAGGCAGCUGCAGUAGGAAGGAGUUGAUGACAAAAAUGCCCCCUUAUGAGGCUGUGUGUGGAACCAAUUAUUUCCCCUCCUCUUAUAGAACUAGUCUUAGUUUUCUUUGAAUACUGCCUCCUGACACUUAGUAUUAGGAUAACCUUUUUAUUUCAAAUUAAUAAGCAGAUAACCAUUGUUAGUCAUGAAUUAAAAUGAGAGUAAUACACGCUGAGGAGGUUGUAUUGCAAGCAGAAUUUCGAACUGUUCAUAUGGAGGCCUGAGGUGCUUUUAAGUCAAGGGAAAUUAACAAGAAAAAGCAAGAGUGAAUUGUGAAGUGAAAGUACAGUUUUCAAAGGACAAGAUCAUAGCAUGAAUUAGUGACUUAAUGAAACAAUAGAAACAAAAGCUCCUUGUAUCAGUCAGUCUCUUAACCUAAUAUCCCUCACAUGGUUGUGGUUAUGAGGAAAAAAUGGAGGAGGAAUUAUUUUGAAAGAUACAAUUAUUUUGAAUGGUCUCCUACUGGGGGGAAAAGCAAGGUAUAAAUUUCUUAAAAAAAAUUUUUUUUUGCAGGUCUGAGAAACCAAGGAUAGACUAGUGUGCUGGUGAGCUCUAAACUGUCACCUGGUAGGAGGUUUCAUUUUUCAGUCCAGAAGUACAAAAUAUAAUUCCUUAUGUUGAUUUCAAAUGGCAGAGGAGGAAAGUAGCACAAAUACCUUUUUCAAAAGAAAUCCGACCCAGAUGCAAAUACGGGUUUGCCAUCAAGUAUAGUGGGUUUUUUUUAGCAGAACAGACAUAGGUGAGGCCAAUACUGGUGUCUUUAUGACCUGGGAUUGUGUAUGAUCAACUAUUAAAAAAUAAAACGUUGGUCUUAAGAGAAAUUAUGUUCAUUGCACAGAAUUCAGUUCUUCUAAAUCAUUAGCUCUAAGCAGCUGGAACUGGAUGGAGAUUUUUUGUUUGUAAUUUUUGUAAUUAUACGUAGGUUGUUGAACUAGUGCAAGCUUGUAAAUUACCUAUGGUGAAUGGAAAUAUUCUUCAGUUAAGGAAAGCUUACAUACAUGCAAAUGUGUGCAACAACAAGGGUCUUAAUAAAUAAAAAUGGCACGCUAGCAAGUUGGUUAUCCCUAUUUCAAAGCAGAAGUUGUGUAAAUAACUUGCAGUAUGGUAUAGUCAUAGUUGGGCCUCCCAGAUACUAGGCCAAGUUUGAAUUCCCAUUCUGCUAUGGAAGCUUGCUGGGUGAUCUGAGGCCAGCCAUACCUACUUAGCCUAAGCUACCUCACAGGGUUGUGAUAAGUGGAGGAGAGGACAACAAAGUAAGCUGCGUUGGGCCCUCACAGAGGAGAAAGUCAGGGUAUACCUGAAAGAAAUCCAUGGUGUGUUCCUUCCUGAUUAUAAAACAGACUCUGAAGGAUUAGUGACACAAAGAUUGCUGCUGCUUUGUGGAGCUGCAAAAGACAGUGCAAUCUUAUGCACAGUCAAGGACUGCACUGUUAACCUUUUAGUCAGGACAUAAAAAACUUCGAAAUUAGUUCCACGAGCACAAGGAGGGUUUAGAUAUUUCCACCCCACCCUUGAAAAGUAUGUCUUCUAGGUUUCAUCCCAAAGUGAACCUGAAACAGGAGUUGGCAAAGCAGUUUCUUUUGUCCUAGGCCUCAGUGUCUGAACAAAUUACUUUGGGAGUCCAGCUAUUAUAUACAGUAGCUUACAACUGGUAUUGUGGCUUAGUCUUCCUGGCUCCUGUAUUACAGGAAGCUGUAAAAAUGAACUGGAAACCUAAGGUUUCCUGAGCACUUUUCCUGUGAUCAAUCUUUCAGAUAUUUAAUAGACCUCAGCCAUCAGACACUCCAGGCUUGUCUCAUAAAGAUGACUGAUGGUUUAGGAACUAAUACUGUAUUUCUUGAGAAAUUGCCUCCCACUCAGAGAACCUUGACGAGGAAAUUGAACUUUGUAAACCGGUUAAAGAGAGGUGAUCAAAAUGAUCGUGUGGGGAGAUGUUAAAAAACAAUCCUGAUAUAGACCCAUAAAAGAGAACAGAGUUGCUCUGCUGCCACUCCUAACAGUUACGAUGAAUAAAGUGGGUGCGAUCCAGUCAUGUCUUUGAAGAACGUUACAUUAUGGCAGUAAUGCAAGCUGUGUCAUUCUGCUUUGUGCAAGAUGAAGUAAAACAGCAAAAUGCUCCUAAAAGCAUUCAUGAUAAGGUGGUAUAGCAGAUAGGAAGCAGGGAAAUGACUGACCGCGCAAUUAAGAGGAUAGAUAGGCCUUCCUCUGCAUUUUCAUCGUAAGAACUGGGAAGAUGGAGAGGGUGUGGACACCAGUUAGGAUUAGCCUCGUUUCCGCACAGUAGGAAUGGUGGUUUCCCAAUUGACCAGAGCUCACAAAGCAGUGUCUUCAUGGUGAAGGUCACACAAACCAGCUGGAACAAUUUGCAAAAUAUGUGUAAUGCUUAGCACUCUUCCACUGUCCUCUUGCUGAAAAUCUAAGUUUGUUUUUGGCACAACCUGUUACUGAGAAUUGUGGGAGGUGGCACUAUUUUCACUAUGUAAUCUGUCACUUUUGCAGUACUUGCAUCUUUUUUAUAUACUUGGAUCUUAUUAAAGAUUAAUCCUUUCUCACCUGUUGUUCCACCCAUCUAUUUCUUUAUUAGGAACUUUUCUCUCUCUUCCUUCUAGAUUUGCCCCAGGGGACUGCCAUCCUUUAGCAUAGAUAUCUUUUAAUGUCUUCUAGUAGAUGCUGCUUCACAAUUCUAGAACUUAGCUACCUGAUGAUCUAGUUUCAAGAUUUUCUAAGAGUGCUUCCUUUCUACCCCCCCCCCCCCCACACAACUCGGAAAAUUACAUCUUCCAUUUUAUAUCUGCACAGAAAAGGCUUUCAGAAGCAAAUCAGCAAGAGAUGUUUAUCAGGACACUUUCAAUGUAAUUUGUUGCACUAAUUUUCACCAUAGCACCAAACAUCCAUUCUGGAAUCUCUCCUGUCCAAUUGGUGGAACUGGGUAUUAUUUUCGGUGCACAAUUUUUUUGUGUGUAUAUGUCAUAGGUGCCACUUUCUUGGCUAGAGCUCUAGAACUUUCCAGAAUUGCUUCUGUCAUAGCACAGAACCCACGAGUGGAAGACUACAAAUAAUAAUGUAGAUUGCUUUGAACAUCUUUAAAGCGCUGACCUGGAAAUUUUUAAGUGAUGGGUGGGAGGUACUGAAUCUUCCCCUCCAUUCCCUUGCCCCAUACCCCUUCUUCUAGAACUUGCUUUUCAAAAUCCAACCACAGAGGGGAAAAAAGAGAUACUCUCAUCCCAUCUGCUGCUGCUUUGGAAGUCAUUCUACCCUCACCUGUUGCAUUACCCCUGUUCGGCAUUGCAUCACUGCCAUAAUGUAUGCCUCAGUCCUUGUUUAUUGUAUAUGCUGUUGUGACCAUAAAAUGUAUUUUAAGUUGGACACUGUAUUAAUUCAAAUCAUGCAACAUUUAAAUUUGUCCAAUAGAUUCCCCAUGCUUGGUGCAGAAUUCUCAGACUGUAUUGCACUGCUGGUUUAGAUCCCAAUAUGGUGGCGAUUGUGUUUGUAAAAUUUGCUAUCCUGAGAAGCAAACAAAGCUCUAUAUUCAUUUUGAUGGAAAUUACAUGAGUUUUUUUUUAAAAGGUACCUGGGGGAAAUUUCAAGGAACUCUGUAUCCGGCUUCUAUGACAGUAUUAACAACUUACUUAAUUGUAUUACAGUUGCAGCUUUAAAUUGCUCUGUCCAUGCAAGUUCCAUUAAAAUGAACAUGCACCAAGAGAGAGCUUCA